GACACACACACACACACUCAUCCUUUAUCAACAUGACACCUGUUGCAUCGAGCAGCAUCGAGUGAAAAAGCUCCAGGACACCUCCGUGACACCGAACUGCCAUUUUGUUUGGGACAACUUAACAAAACGUACUUCUCCUCCUCUUUAAAAACAGUCAGCUGCACCUCUGCAGGACACACACACCUGGUCGUGUUGUUGUUGCAUGACAGGGAUCGCUCAGAGAGCGUUUGUCCGCAGAAAGGCGAACAGCAACACGUGUAAGUCGCGCGCUGACCAAUCACUCGUGGAGGCUCGAGCUGAGGGCUAUAAAUGUGAGGCGGUUACCGUAGCGACCUCUGCGGCCGGGGAGCUGAACGCAACAAGCUGUCAUGCCCUGAAGGGAAGCGUGUUAUGAGUGCCAAAUUGGAGCGUUGGACAACACAAUGUCUGACGUAAAUGCCUUUCCUGCUGGGAGCGGAAAUCCUCCUCCACCAGAGGUCACCAAUCCCAAGAAGCAUGGGCGUGUAACCAAUCAGCUACAGUAUCUGGAGAAGGUGGUGAUCAAAGCAUUAUUGAGGCAUCACUUUUCAUGGCCCUUUCGCCAGCCUGUUGAUGCAGUGAAACUGAGUCUGCCAGAUUAUUAUACAAUUAUAAGAAAUCCUAUGGAUCUGGGAACUAUUAUGAAGCGUCUUCAGAACAAAUAUUACUGGGAAGCACAUGAGUGUAUUAAAGACUUCAACACUAUGUUUACCAACUGCUACAUGUACAAUCGGCCUGGAGAUGACAUUGUUGUUAUGGCACAGAUUCUGGAGAAGCUUUUUUUGCAGAAGUUGUCCCAAAUGCCAAAGGACGAAUGCAAUGUUACAGCAGUCACUGCAGGGAAGGAACCAGUGAAGGUGAAGAAGUCCAAUGCAGGUGUGUUUAAGCAGAGAUCCCUCGUUUCAGAAGUUGUUCUCCAACAGACAGUGACGGUCAUCCCUCCUCAUGUGCCUCAGUUCAUACCACCCAUACAGCUCUCUGCACAAAUUGAUGCAGCAAUUAAAAGAGGUUUUAAAAGAAAAGCAGAACCCACAUCCUCCACCGCCUCAGCGAUCACCAACGUUGCGUUAACCCCUGCUGAGGAGCAUGCAGCACCAGGCACAUUAUCCUCCAGGAGAGGCAGCGGUGGCGGCAGGCCCAUCAAACCUCCUAAGAAAGACUUACCAGCCUUUGAGGAAAAGAAGGUCAAGUUGUCUGAGCAGCUCACGUACUGCAGUGACAUCCUGAAGGAGUUGCUCUCAAAGAGACACUAUGCAAAUGCAUGGCCCUUUUAUACCCCUGUUGAUGCCGUGGCUUUGGGCUUGCGCGACUACCAUGACGUCAUAAAGCAACCAAUGGACUUGAACACCAUCAGGAAAAAAAUGGAUCAACGAGAAUAUGCGAUUGCAAAGGAGUUUGCUGGUGACGUGAGGUUGAUGUUCUCCAACUGUUACAAAUACAAUCCACCCACACAUGAAGUCGUCUACAUGGCAAGAAAACUCCAGGAAAUUUUUGAGGCUCGUUAUCUGAAAGUCCCACAAGAACCAGAGUGUUGCACUGUACCUCCCCAGCAAGUUAUCAACGGAAAAGGGGACAGGGUCAGCAAUAUGUCGAUCUCAGAGAGUUCUGUCAGUGAAAGCUCCUCAGAGGAAGACAGUCCGUCAGAAGAUCGGUCCAUGCAGCUGGCCUGCCUUGAGGAGCAGUUUAGAGCCGUCAGUGAUCAGCUGAAGAGACUGAGCGAAGAUCCUGUGAUGAAGCCAAAGAAGAAAGACAAGUUAAAAAAGGAGAAAAAGUCCAAAGAAAAGUUUGCUGCUGGAGUAAAGUACAAAUCCUCAAAAGACAAAUCUCUUGUUGGAAAACUCGCCAACAGCAAGAGCUCUUCUUUGCAUGGAAACAGACCCAAUAUUCAUAAUGUACCCAUAAAAUGUGAGACUGGGGUCCCAUCAGUACCGAUGACUUACCAGGAGAAGAUGCAGUUGAAAUUAGAUAUGAACAAGCUGCCCGGCUACAAACUGGGCAAGUUUGUGAGGAUCAUUCAUGCCAGGGAGGCCUGUCUGAGAAAUACUUCUUUAGAGGACAUCGAGGUGGACUUUGAAGUGCUCAAGCCUUCCACACUGAGAGCGCUGCAGAGGUUUGUCGCAGCAUGUCUCAAGAAAUGCAAGAAGAACAUGAGCAAUAAACAGCUGCUGAAGCCCACAGGAGGACUGCAGACGGGGAAAGUAAAGGCUCCUGGGAAAUCUGUGGUUGUCAACAAAGACCAGCACUUGAUAAGGAAAAAAAAGCCAGUUGGUAAAUCUGUGGCUUUCACUGACAUCACCUUGCUACCACGCCUCAGUGAGAGCAGCAGCUCGUCGUCAUCCAGCUCUGGCAGCAGCAGCAGCAAUAGUAGAAGUGGUUCUUGCACUUCUGAAAGCUGUGACUCUGGCUCAGGAGGACUGCAGACUGGGAAAGUAAAGGCUCCUGGAAAAUCUGUGGUUGACAACAAAGAGCAGCGCUUGAUAAAGAAAAAAAAGCCAGUUGCUAAAUCUGUGGCUUUUACGGACGUCACCUUCCUGCCACGCCUCAGUGAGAGCAGCAGCUCGUCAUCAUCCAGCUCAGGCAGCAGCAGCAAUAGUAGAAGUGGUUCUUGCACUUCUGAAAGCUGUGACUCUGGAUCAGAAACAAAAAGAAAGAAGCAGAAAAUGAGAGAAUCUUGCCAAAAGGUUAAGACAAAGUUAAAGGUUCCACGUCCUGCUUGUAGUAAGCAGAUAACAGAGACCAAAGAAGUGACAGAAGCCUCAGUCAAGCCGUGUCCGCCUCCUCCUGCUGUGCAGUCCUCUGUUGCCGAAACUCAAGGUUACCCAACGCACCACGGUGCACAACAGACCUGUGACAUGCUGACUUUAUCGCCUCCAGACUUGUCUGCCCUCCUGUCCCCCAUGGCAUCUCCAGUACUUUUACUGGACUGGGCCGCUGCCAGAUUUGAGGGCCAAGUGCUGUCUCCUCUUAGCAGCAGUCCACCACAGUCCAAGGAUGAAACGGGGUCCAAUUUCAGAUUUCCUAAGGAGGUCCGUGACAGUCAAUUGACUAAUGUGCCUUACAUCAACACAUCAAGUAAAUCUGCUGGUGAGGAAAAAACCCAAAUCCCCAAAAAGGACAUUGUUCUGAAAAAUGCUGAGUCUUGGGCGAAAGUGGUGAGAGAGUCCAUCACCCCAGCUGCCAGCAAGGCCUCAAAGGAGAGCUUCCAGCAAUUCCGUAAGGCUGCCAUAGAAAAGGAGGAACGUGAAAAAUCUCUUAAGAAGAAAACGGUUGAAGACGUAAAGGAGAAGGAGACUUCAGAAAACAGCAGCAGCCUCCCAGGCCCAUGUAAGACUGAACAAAAUCUAGAUCCUGUUAAAGAGGAUCCUGAUUCACCAGCGAGGAUUUACACAGAGGCUUCCUCAGAUGCUCCCAAAGAUGUUGAGCAGCAGAGAGCAAAUUCUCCUAAGGAAGCACAACUUCCAUCCACACAGCUCUCCGUGAAGGAAAGGGAGAUGGCCCGCAAAAAGGAACAAGAGCGUCGCAGGAGAGAGGCUAUGUGUUGCAUUGACAUGACAAUGCAGCGGGACAUCAUGACGACGUUUGAGCUCAACCUGGACUGAAAAUCUACUGGGAAUUACUUGAAAAAUGUCCUUUUGUGCCACAGUUCUUUCACAAUCGCUAAUACCGGUAGAUGAGAGAAAAAUCUCACCAAAUGUAAUCGAAUAUAAAUGUGUCUUUCCCUUAUGUUGUAUCUGAAAUGGAUCGUAAAACUUCUGCACUCUUGAGUUUGGGAUGAUUGGGGUGAAACGUGAAGCACGUUUUUCUGUUCUUUUCACAUUUGAACGAGUCCUCUUAUAUGCGACUGUUGUGUACGACUAAUCCAUACACUGUAGUAAAAAAUGACACAUUGUUGUGUUGUUUUCUGAAACCUGCAGUGUUGUUUUUGUUCUGGUGUUUAGGAUAUUCAGUUAACCCUAUAACUACCACGCCUCAGUUAAUCCUGACUCAAAAGAGAAGUUAAAUGUUGACGAAACACUAAAUAUGUUCGAGUUACACGCACAAGUCCUCUGAAUGUUAUUUUUUUGCACUAAAGAAAGAUUUACUUUUUGAACAGAGACUGAAGCUUUUUCUCACCAAUGUUUCCAAAGUGGGACUCACUUCAUCAUCUCAGUUUCCUAUUUGCUUGACAGUGAUUGUGUUUACUGGAUACGCACCGCACUUUGUUCUUCGUACAGUUCUGCCGGUUCCAAACUUGUUUUGGGGCAUUAUCAGCAUAUGCUGUAUGUUAGCGUUUAUAUGUGCUAUUAUAUUUAAUGUUAUUUUUUUUUUUACUCUAAGUAAUAAAGCUAUUUUCACUGA